UAGAAACUCUUCACUGUACAUCUUUUAUCUAUAAAUUCUUCACUGUACAGUGCACCUACUCUUCCUCUACAAAUAGCAGCUACACUCCCACUUUCUCCUACACAUCAAAAAACAUAUCUCAUCAGUGAAGUAUACGUUAGCUAGCUAGUAACGAACUGCAUACGUAGUAGAAACAUGCCGGGAACGAAGAUCUGUGUUGCGUGUGUUGAGGAAAAUAAAGGGUGUGAAUGUGAGCUCGAAACCGGGGUUAAAGAGUUGGUGCUGUUGGAGGCUUCUGAAAAUAGUUCAUUUCUUCACUCUGUUGUCAACAUGGUUGGUAUGCUCAUUGGUACGUAUUUUAAUAUUAUGGUGCAUCAUGUCAAUUGAUACAUUUGCAUGUGAGCUAGCUAUUUUGAUAAAUAACUAACUAGACAUGAUAUAUUGGGAGUUCCACAUGACUAUAUAAGUGUGUGAGUGUGUUGUACACAAGUGUUAUAGGAAGUUUCUAUUUCUUAUUAAUGGUAUAAACUAUAUAAACAUGUUUUAAUUACUAAUUAAACUUUCACCGGUAACACACAGGACUAGGCCAACUAUCAAUGCCAUACGCCGUGGAAAGCGGCGGUUGGAUCUCAAUCUUCCUCCUCAUAUCAUUCGGAAUCCUCACCACUUACACUUCCCACAUCCUCGGAAACUGUCUCCGCCGCAACCCCAAAUCCAAAUCCUACUCCGACGUAGGCCACUCAGCAUUCGGUCGCCACGGCCGCCUCAUCGCCUCCCUCUUCAUCUACCUCGAAAUCUUCAUGGCCUUAGUUUCUUACACUAUCUCCCUCCACGACAACAUCUCCGCCGCUUUUCCCGCCACUUUUAGUCACCAUAGCAACGGUCAUUUCCCGGCUGCAAAGCUGACGGCUGUCGCGGUGGCUAUCGCCUUGCCGAGCCUCUGGAUUAGAGAUUUAUCUUCGAUCUCUUUUCUUUCUUCCGGUGGGAUUCUUAUGUCGGCUAUUAUAUUUGGUUCGGUGGUUUACACUGCCGUGUUUGGAGGCGUUAUUGAUGAUGGGAGGAUUCCGGCGCUCCGGUUAGGGAAUAUUCCGACGGUUUCGGGAAUCUAUUUGUUCGGUUUCGGUGGACACAUCGUGUUUCCUAAUCUAUACACUUCCAUGAAAGAUCCCUCCAAAUUCACAAAGGUACGUUUGAUAUGUCCAUGAAUUUACCAAAUUCACAAAGACAACCACAACG